AUGUUGAUAAGAACUGGUGUUUUUUUACCUAUAGAAAUCCGGUGGGUUUGGAUGCCGACGAUAUGGAUGAUCGGUGGUGAAGACGAGAAAGAAGAAAGAAACAUGGCUGGAACAGAGGCACACACUUCCGCCUUCUCCUGCAACCCAUCUCUCCUCUCCACCACCGUCGCUGACCUACACGCUGCCCGUCAAGGAGACCCAUCUGAUCCCACUCCUUCUUGGUUCACUCCCACAAGGUACGUCUGCGUUAUCGGAGUGGCACGGGGAAGAAAGUCGACGCACGGAAGAGCAAGAAGAGCCAAUUUCAGGUUGAGUGAAAGUGGAUUUCGGGGUGAGAUUGCAAUGGCAUUUGGGGAUUUAUUAAAGACAUUAUGGGCUCCUGGGGUAACAGUUUUACCACCACGAACAUUCAAGUCCAAGCUUGCUCAUUUUGCUCCUCAAUUUAGUGGCUUCAAUCAGCAUGAUUCUCAAGGGAAGUGGGUUUAUGAUGAGAGUUAUCCUCUGUACUCUGCUUUUACUUUCCCUUUUAUAGAUGAAGGUUUCAAUUGUGAGGCCAAUGGAAUAUUGGACAAAGACUAUAUGAAAUGGAGGUGGAAGCCUCAAGAUUGCUACAUUCCAAGGUUCAACGCAACAAACAUGCUGGAUAUCACGAAAGAGAAAGGAAACUAUUGUUUCAUAUUUGUGGAUUACAAGUGCACAGUUGACCAAAUACUAAUCAAUUAA